AAUAAGUAAAUUUCCGAAAAAUCCAGCUAACAGACCACCAGUUUCCACUACUUCACCACCAAUCCCACCUCCACCAUCUCCAAUCACCGAUACAUCUCUGCUCUGCCCACCAACGACGCCUAAACACGGAUAAAGAAGUAAUUAUAUAUAAAGAAUCUCAAACUAAAAUCGACUUAUGGCUUCCUCGUCUUCCAACGUCGACACAUCUUUUAAGUCCCUAAUAGAGUAUGCUGAUGGCGACGCUCUUCAUAUUUCACUAGAAGAGGUCAAAUCAGCCACCAACGACUUUGCUGGUGAAAAUCUCCUCACACAAACUUCUUCCUCAAAUAUUUACAAAGGAAGACUCAUGCUAGCAUCAGGAGAACCGGUCAAUGUUGUUGUACGGACAUGUAGGAAACUACACAUUUUAGUCAACGAGGUUGUUAUGUUAAAAGAUCUGAGGCAUGAAAAUAUCGUUUCAAUUUUUAAAAUAUGUGAUGAGCGGUACAACGAUAAUGGAGUGGUGUUAUACAAGCACGCGGCUAAUAAAAGCCUGGACAAACAUCUUAGUAGUAUCUCAACGCUCGGUUGGUUGCAAAGACUACAUAUAUGCGUUAAGAUAGCACGUGCAUUGAGUUACCUUCAUUGUGAUGCAGAAGAGAAUCAUAGUUUGAUACAUGCCAACAUUAAGAGCUCCAAAAUUUUACUUGAUCAUGACUGGGAACCCAAGCUACAUGGUUUUGGAUAUGCCGUUAGAGCUAAAAGGAAUCAACGCUACCUUACAAAUAAACACAAUGGCUCAUUAUUAUAUAUGGAUCCAGCAUAUGAAACCACUGGAGGUUUAACUCAUAAGUCAGAUGUCUUUUCCUUUGGUGUCGUUCUGUUUGAAGUCCUGUGUGGGAGGGAUGCAUCAUCUGUUCUACCCAGUACUAGAAAUCUAAGUCACAAUGCUGCAUUGUUCUUUACUCGAUUGGUCCGAGUCCAUUAUGAAGAUAAGACACUAGAUAAUAUGAUCAAUCCUGAUCUCCGAAAACAAAUGAACUUUGAAUCAUUGAACAUCUUUUCGGAGACGGCUUAUUUUUGCUUGAAGGAGCAGCGGGUGCAACGUCCGGAUAUGGAAAAAGUUCUCCUACGACUUGAGCGAGCGUUGGAACUUCAGCACAAACAUCAAAGUCCAGAACAUUCAGCGGCGGGAGAAGAUACGUCAUCUAUCCACUUGAAGGUGAACACUUUGGAUCAUCUGAAAAUUCAACUAAGCGACAUAAAGUCGGCAACACAAAAUUUUUCCGACAAAUAUCGCAUUGGAUCAGGUGGGUUUGCUACCGUGUACAAAGCAAAACUUGACCAUUUUGAUGCCAAAAGUUCUUCAACUGUGAAUAUAGGAGAGACUAAAGUUGACUUGCCCAAAAUACGUAGCACUGUUGCUAUUAAACGUAUCUUCAAUAGGGUAGACAGGCAAGGAGAAAAAGGGUUCCUAGCUGAAAUCGAAUUGCUUAGCAAGUGUAGCCAUCCAAAUAUAGUUUCUCUUAUUGGCUUUUGUAAUGAAGAACCUGAGAUGAUUUUGAUUUAUGAAUAUGCUUCUAAUGGAAGUCUUGAAGAUUAUCUGGGAAAAAAUGAUAAGAUUACUAAUCUUACUUGGGUUGAACGUAUAAAAAUAUGCAUUGAUGUUGCAUAUGGUUUAAAAUACCUUCACACAGUUACUGAAGACAAAGAAUGCAUAAUACAUAGAGAUAUAAAGAGUGCAAACAUUCUACUGAACGAUAAGUGGGAGGCAAAGAUCGCAGAUUUUGGGCUCUCCAAGCUACAUCCUACAUAUAACCAACGUAGCACCCUCGUUAGUGGUAAUAUUGGUGGUACCCAAGUGUACAUAGAUCCAGAAUAUGAGAAAACUGGUAACUUGAAAACUAGUUCAGAUAUUUAUUCUUUCGGAGUAGUUUUGUGUGAAAUUAUGUGUGGGAAUUUGGCAUAUGAUUAUAUUUACGAAACAAUGGGGCUUCCAUCAAUAGUACGAAAAUGCUUUAAUGACAAAACUAUAGAGGAAUUGGUAGAUCCACAUAUAAAGGAAUCUAGUGAAAAUACUCUUGUGCUCAAUGAAGGGCUCAAUCUCGAUUCACUAUAUACAUUUUCAGAAAUAGCAAGUCAAUGUGUGGCAGAAGCUCAGGCUCACCGUCCAACCAUGGAAGUUAUCCUUAUAGAGCUUGAUAAAUGUUUACACCUUCAAAAUAACAGCAAGGACAACCUCCAAAUUUCACUUGAAGCCAUAAAAGUGGGCACACAAAAUUUCAGUGACUGCAAUUGCACUGGAAAAGGAAGACUCUGGAGGGUGUAUGAAGGAGAAAUUUUACUUCUAAAUAGUGGGCGUAGGCCCAUUCUUGCAAAGAGAUUUGAUAGCUUGUCGGGUGAUGAGGGAAACUCUCAAUUUUUGACAGAGCUGAAAAUUCUGUUUGAGUAUAAGCACGAGAAUUUUAUUGGUCUGGUAGGAUAUUGUAAUGAGAUGGGUGAGAAAAUAAUUGUUUAUGAGCAUGUGUCUAACGGAACACUUGAUAAGCAUUUGGACAAUGCUGAUCUUACAUGGAUAAAGCGCCUCAAGAUAGGUCUCGAUGUUGCAAGGGUAUUAGAACAUCUUCACACGGGUGGCAUGAUAAAAGGUACUCCGAUGAUACAUAGAAGCAUCAACAGCAGUAGCAUUCUACUUGAUGGAGAUUGGAGGGCUAAACUUUCAAAUUUCGAGAAGUUCUCAAAUGGUAUCGAAGUUGAUACAUUCAUGCGUGUCGAUUCAUUUGGCUCUUUCAUCUACACAGUAGGCCUCGGAAACGAAAGGUCCGACAUAUAUUCGUUAGGUGUUGUUUUAUUGGAGAUGUUGUGUGGGAGAUCAAGUCAACGGUUUAUUCAUCAUUUUGUUCGACCUAUUCCUUUUGUUACCUUCGCUACAUGGUUGAAAGAUAAAGGGGAAUUCAAGGAUUUGAUCUUUGAGGGUAUAAAGGAACAAACUAUUCCAGAAUUGUUGGAUAUAUAUUCUGAGAUCACCUUUCGAUGCCUUGAUGAAGAAAACCACCAGCAAAAUGCUAGUGAGGUGGUUGAAUUACUUACCUGGGCCCUAGCAUUUCAAGAAGAUAAUGAGAUAUGGUUGCCCAAAAUCCCUAUGGACUAUGAAAAACUACGUGAUAUGUCAGGUGUACACAUUACUUCCCCAACGAUGUUCAAGGAGUUCUACGAAAUGUUAUGUGAUGGAUUCCUUUUUCAACAAGACAAAGCGUGGUUUUCUUUGGGGAUCAACGGAAAAAGACAUGUGAUGGUAUCAGCAAAACAAUUUUCAUACACCAACCGUCGGCAACGCAAGUGGCAAUCAAUUUCAAAAUCAAGGUUUAAGGUAGCAGCGAAAAUGCUAGAUAUAUCGAAUCUGAAGGUCCGAAUCAAGAUAAAACCUCAACUUUUAUUUCCAGGCGUUAACUAUGGGGUCCAUCUAGUCUUUAAGUUUCGUGAACCAGGAAAAUGUCUAGCUGAACGCAUGUAUGUGAACCUAAAGUACAAGAGGGGGAAUGAUAAUUUACAUUCAGAUUUCGCCACAUGGAGAGAAGACGGGUGGAUGAUGAUUGAAUUGGGCCAAAUCUUGAAUUACGAGGAAGAUACUGUAUUUGAAGUUUUACUGGAGAGCUUUUCGCGAAGCUACUGUGGAAGUAGCGUCUAUAUUGAAGGCAUAGAGUUUCGGACCAUUGACAAUGAAUAUGAACAAGAUGGGACUGAAGAGAUCGAUGAGAAAUAUGAAGAAAUCAAGAAUCCGACGGAAGUACAACACUCUCUAGUUGAUUCUCAGGAAAACUUGAUCAAGAGCCAAGGAAAUGCUAACGAGGAGUUAUUGCUAAAAGAAGUACAAAAUGAAAAGAUAUGUUUUAUGCUUUCGGAAAUGGAAGCUCCAUACAAGUCUUCGAAAGCAAAGCCUUUUCAUUUAAAAUAUUCAGCCCAGUCGAGAUUUGAAGGGGAAAUUGAGCUUUCAAAGCAACAAGUAUUUGCUAUUAAAGGCAAUAUUGAAAGUCAAAUGCUGUCACCAGAUACAAAUUAUAUGUGUUACCUUGUAUUUAAGCUUUCGGAUACAUGUCAUGGGUUGCAUUGUCCUGUGAAAGUAAGAAAUGUUUUAGAUCGGAAAAACAAAGAGCUUGGACUUAUUUGUUUUAGAGCUCCAACUACAUGGAAUUUAUGUGAUAUUGAUGGGGAUCCUGAAGAAAGGGAUGACGGAUGGAUGGAGGUUCUUGUGGCGAUAAUAAACUUACCUGCUUCCGAGCUCGAAAAGAAUCAUAAUCCUCUGUAUAUAAAAUUCAUAACUUAUGAAGGAACUAUGUAUGGCCUUAUAGUAAGCGGCCUUGAAAUUCGAUUAGUGUAAAAGCAUGUGAGUGUAUUCCACAUCUUAAUAGUUGCAACCGAGUUACCUUGAGAAUGAGGUCACGAGUUUGUACCAUGGUGUUAUGUGAUUUACCUUCUCUUAUGCUGGUUAUGAAACCGGUUAGUGAGGGGCUUAAAUGACCCCUACGAGGAAAAACAAAAAAAUAUGUAAGAGUUCACCACAAAAACCGUUAAUAACUGUUUACCAUA